AUGAAAUGGAGUCCUACUUUGGACGGAUCUGGUGUUUGUAGUGCAGAACGAACUUGGUGUCAUUUUGUUGUUAGUGCUCGUAAAGGCACUCCUCUAGCUUCUCGUAAAGGAACUCCACGAGCUUCUCGUAAAGGAACUCCACGAGCUUCUCGUAAAGGUACUCCUCUAGCUUCUCGUAGUGGGACACCUCUAGCUUCUCGUAGUGGGACUCCUCUAGCUUCUCGUAGUGGGACUCCUCUAGCUUCUCGUAGUGGGACUCCUCGAGCUACUCGUAGUGGCACUCCUCUAGUUUCUCUUAAAGGAACUCCUCGAGCUUCUCCGCAAAUUGCCUCUUUACGAGAAGCUCGAGGAGUUCCUUUAAGAGAAACUAGAGGAGUGCCACUACGAGUAGCUCGAGGAGUCCCACUACGAGAAGCUAGAGGAGUCCCACUACGAGAAGCUAGAGGAGUGCCACUACGAGAAGCUAGAGGAGUCCCACUACGAGAAGCUAGAGGAGUCCCACUACGAGAAGCUAGAGGUGUCCCACUACGAGAAGCUAGAGGAGUACCUUUACGAGAAGCUCGUGGAGUUCCUUUACGAGAAGCUAGAGGAGUACCUUUACGAGAAGCUCGUGGAGUUCCUUUACGAGAAGCUAGAGGAGUGCCUUUACGAGCACUAACAACAAAAUGA